AAGUUUGAUUAUCAUUAUACUUUUUCAUCAAUAAAAUAAUACUACUCCGUACAACUACUAGAAGAAAUGGAACAACUACUGGUUUCCUCAUCUCCCAUGGCAGCAGCCUCACUACCUCCUCCUCCGGUAGACGUUAACCAGGUGCCGUUAGACCUUCAACAAAUGCUUCAAUAUGUUGUCAAAAGCCAACCAGAAUGGUGGGCUUAUGCUAUUUUCUGGCAGACCUCUACUGACGAUGAGGGAAAAAGCUUUUUAGCUUGGGGAGACGGAUAUUUCCAAGGAGACGGUGUGGUUAAUAACAACAAAGGCGGCAGCAGCAGUAGCAGUAGCAGCAGCUUAAAGUCACAGGCUCAGUCCGAGAGAAAAAAAGUCAUUAAAGGAAUUCAAGCUUUAAUGGAUGGUAAUGGAGAUACUGAUCUAGUGGACGAUGGUGAUGUAACUGACACUGAGUGGUUCUACGUGAUGUCGCUGGCCCGUUCUUUCUCCGCCGGAGAUGGAUCUGUUACAGGUAAAGCUUUUGGAAGUGAUGAUUUUUUGUGGAUAACAGGUCCGGCCCAAUUUCAGCUUCAUUACAGCUGUGAAAGGGCUAAAGAAGCUCAGAUCCAUGGGAUUCAGACUCUGGUUUGUAUUCCAACUUCAAAUGGCGUGUUCGAAUUAGGGUCGACUCAAUUAAUCAAACAGAAUUUGAGCUUAGUUCAACAGGUGAAGUCUCUGUUCCUCUGUUGUCCCCCUAUUCAAUUUUUAGAAAAAUCAAUUUGUUUUGCUGAUAUUGGCCUCGUCACCGGCUUGCAACAAGAUGACAAUGAUGAUAAAUUAAGAGAAAAUAGCAAAAAACAGCCGCAGCCUGUUGUAGCCAAAAAAAAAAGAGGGAGAAAGCCCAAGGGGGCCGAGGAGGAUGCCAAUAUGGCGGCAUUGAACCACGUGGAAGCUGAGAGACAGAGGAGGGAGAAGCUGAACCACCGGUUCUACGCGUUGCGCUCCGUCGUUCCCAACGUAUCGAGAAUGGACAAAGCGUCAUUGCUAUCAGAUGCUGUGUCCUACAUCAAUCAACUGAAAGCCAAGGUAGAUGAACUGGAGUUGCAGCUAAUUGAUCACACUAAAAAACCCAAAAACGUAACGGAAUCAUCAUCAGCUGACAACCAGAGCACCACCACUUCAUCGGACGACCAAGUAAUUAAGGCUAAUUCCACAGCGGCCCCGGAGGUUGAAGUGAAGAUAAUAGGCACAGAUGCAAUGAUCAGAGUUCAAUCGGAAAACGUGGAUUAUCCAUCAGCGAAACUCAUGAUUGCGCUUCAAAAUCUACAAAUGCAAGUCCACCAUGCCAGCAUUUCAUCCGUCAAUCAUCUCGUCCUUCAUGAUGUUGUGGUUAGAGUUCCUCAAGGAUUAAGCACCGAAGAUGAACUAAAGACUGCUCUCCUUACUAGAUUAGAACAUCACUAGCUCCGAAUCAGU